UUGUCAGUUAGAAACACACUACACUUUACACUGUUGAGCAAACAAAAGCUUAGCAAAUUACACACCAAUUCUUUCCAUAUAGAAUGCCAAAUCCUAGUACAUCCCACAUACACACACUGCAUCCUGGCUACGCCGGCGACUUCGAGGAUCCGCGUCGCUGCGGCAUUCUGCACAACACCAGCUGCCGCCUGUACCGGGAGAAGCUGAGCAGCAAUCGUCAUGGCAACAUGAUACAGGGUUUGCUCAUAGUGACCAGCGUGGCUUUGGUGCUGGCUAUGCUGCUGUUUCAUAGCCAGGAGCAGCAAACAGAAGCGGAGCCCAUUACAGAGUCCAGCAGCAUGUUGGAAACGCUUUACUCCAAUGUAUAUGCUUGGCUAGCGAGCAGCCCCCAGCAGCAGCAGCUGGCUGGAGCGCGUGAAUUUAGCUGCCAGCCACACUUGGACAGCAGACGCAUCUUUCGGCAUGUGGGCAGACAGGUGCUGAACCAGGAGCUGGGCCUGGCGCGUCUGGAGCGCGCGCUGCAGAGCGAGCGGCCGUUUAGGGCGGUGGCACUGCUGGGACCGCCGGGCGUGGGCAAGACCUUGACGGCGCUGGCGCUGCGCCAGCAUUAUCCCUGGCCUGAAAAUGUGCACAGCUAUUCGUGGAGCACUUACGUGCCGGAUGAAGCGCAAAAGUUUAAUUUGCUGCGCGGCUUUGCGGAGCAGCUGUCGAACUGCGGUCAGAAUCUGCUCAUCAUAGACAAUCUGAGCACCUGCGAUUACGGCAUUGUCCCGGUCUUCAAUCAGCUGCUGCUGGAGCGCAAUCAGACGGUGCUGGUGCUGUACAUCUUCAAUCUGGACAUUGAGUACUACUGGGAUCAGUUUGAGCUGCUGCAGCAGCUGCCCAUGGAUACGACCAUUGUCAACUAUCGCGCCUUUGGCCGCGAGGAGCUCACGGACUGCCUGGACAACGAGCUGCGGCUGGAGCAGCGUGUGCUGAAGCGCGAAGUCUAUGAGCGCAUCUUGCAGGCAGCGCUGCCCGAGGUGCAUGAGUCGGGCUGCAAGUCACUGCGGCAGCUGCUGCUGCAGCAUGGCCUGGCGUAGUUUUAGUGUUCAGACUAUUCAGAAUUUUAAGUGUAACCAAAUAAACAGAGACAUGAUCUCGUCAA